AUGGCACAGAGUCAGCUCCCGCCUUUCGCCCAAGCCACAGCGGGUGCGCUAGGCUCGAUCACAAGCAACACACUCGUCUACCCGCUCGAUCUGCUCUCGACGCGAUGCCAGACCCAGUCAAGAGGCAGAGACGGCAAGGGUGGCUACACGUCAAUCGGCGCAGCGCUGCAAGAGAUUGUACGACAGAACGGCGUCAAGGGGCUCUACCAGGGUCUUGCCUCGGAUACACUGUCCAACACACUGUCCAACUUCUUGUUCUUCUACUUCCGUUCCUUCUUCAUGGAAUCGGUCAAGGAGCGCAAGAAAACCAAGCUUGCACCACCGCCAGCUGGGUCAAAGGGUACGGGGAAAGCCCCUUCGAUCGUGAUCACUGCUGCUGAGGAUUUGGCGAUUGGUGCACUGGCCGGGAUUGUGUCGCGCUUCUUCACCACGCCGCUGUCCAACGUGACGGUGCGCAUGCAGACCUCGGCCAACCCCAAGGAGAAGACCAAAGAGCAGCAGGAUGCCAUCGACAAGCGUAAAGGAAGCAGCAGUGCACAGCCGAGUUCUGACAGCGAGUCGGACGACGAAGGAGGCUACGCUGAGUCGGCGGGGAUCACCGACGUGAUGCGCCAAAUCGUAGCAGAAAAAGGCUGGCUCGGGUUGUGGUCGGGCUUCGAAACAGCCGCUUUGCUCAGCAUCUCACCCGCACUCACGUUCUACAGCACCAACGCCAUCUCGACCCUGCUCAUCCCGAAGCACAAACGGGAGAAGCCAUCGUCGCUGCAGACGUUUGUCACCUCAGCCAUCGGAAACAGCAUCUCGACCAUAAUCGUCUUCCCUCUCAUUCUGUGCAAGACGAGACUGCAGUGGAGAAGUCCCACCGGCCGGAAGAUGUACAGGAACCUGCUGGAUGUGUUGAGAAAGACGGUCAAGAAAGGCGGGAUUGCGGGAUUGUACCAAGGUUUGGACUCGCAGCUGAUCAAAGGGCUUUUCAGCUUUGGUACGACUAUGAUGGUCAAGGCGCGCAUCGAGACGUUGUUCGUUUUGCUCUACUUGUCGGUACGCAAUCGCCGUCCUGCUCUGAAGACGCCAAGUUGA